ACGUCAGGCGUAAAUCUAAUGGAUGUUGUCGACUGUCACUGCAAACCAUUUCAGUCUCACCGAGGACGGGCUGUCAGUUUCUCAAAAGGGCAGCCAAAGUUUGAGCUGCUGAGGUCGACAGGCAAACUAUAAGCCCAGAAAUAAUAGCCAUCAGUGAAGCGGUCUUCUUUAACCAUCUUGGUUCAAACAUCCGGCAAUUAUGUCGAGUGAUCCUCCUCCGCCGUAUCCUGGGGGACCCAGUGCACCACUCAUCGAAGAAAAGAAUGGGCAGCCUGUAAGAACAACCCAGCCGCAACAAGGCCACCCUCCACCUCCAGACUAUGGCCCUCCUCCAUAUGAAGGACCACAGCCAGGAUACCUCCCGCCACAUGUUCCUGGAGAAGGAGCUAUGCCCAUGCCUAUGCCCAUGCCCAUGCCUAUGCCACCUCCUCAAGGUGCCCACUACCCCCCUCCCCCUGGACACUUCCCUCACCCGAUGCCUGGACAGAUGGGCCCUGGCCCUGGUCCUUUUGUGCACAUGGGGGGCCACACAGCCACAGUGCUGGCUCCUCCAGGAGCAGCCACCACAGUGACUGUGUUGCAGGGAGAGAUGUUUCAGACCAGCCCAGUGCAGACUGUCUGUCCACACUGUCAGCAGGCCAUCGUCACCCGCAUCUCCCAUGACAUCGGCCUCAUGAACACACUCUUCUGCCUCUUCUGCUUCUUCGUGGGGUGUGAUCUGGGGUGCUGCUUGGUCCCCUGCCUGAUCGAUGACCUAAAGGAUGUGACACACUCUUGUCCAUCCUGUAAGGGAUACAUUUACACAUACAAGCGUAUAUGCUAACCACCGACAGCUAUUUGAUACAACAUGCACCUGAAUACACUGGUAGUGAUGGGCCUUUUCAGUUUGGUGUUGUGUCCAUAACAUUAUAUUGACACCUGUCCUCAUUUGUUCAUAUUUAUUGUAAAUAUCAUUUCUUAUUUCUUGAUCUAAUCCCUCACUAAACACUGAAACAGGAGGCGUCCACAGUGGUAGUUGAUCCACAUUUGCAACUGAGUCAUAAUGCAGAAAGAAGGAUUGUAAUUUAAUGCAUUUAUGAGGUACUGAUAGAGGGCCUCCCCUAGGAAAGACUGUGAAACACUCACUAUUUAUUUACAUUUAUUAAUUUAUGUUUAAAUGUCUUCAAAUCAUAUUUUAUUUUUUAAUGAUUCCAUAUGAAGAACUGUGAUUUUCCUUUUGUUUGUAUGUAUGGUUAUUGGUUUUAUCCUAAUAUCCUUUUGAAUGUGAGCAAACUAACAUGUCAUCGGCUUGUUGUGGAUUGCCCGAGGUUGCUGUUACUUGCUAAACUAAUUCUGUACUUUUGGGGUCGUAGUAUGAAAACAAACAGUUUACAUGUCAGUGCUGUCAGGUGCUGACAUGCAAUUAGACACUAAACAUUAUGCACUUUAAGUUUUAAAGAUUUUAUUUACUUCUUGAAUUUGUAAAACUUCACACAAUCAAAAGAUCUGAGUCUUUGUUUUGUAGUUAGUUAUUUUAAAAGUUUGGCCUUUUUGCCUUUUUGUUAAUUAAAAAAAACACAAAUUAAAAAUUGUUUUGAGGAAACAAUACAUAAAUGCAGCUACUAGAAAAAGAUUUUUAUUUUAACAGUAGUAGUUAAAAACAGGGACAUGCAUGUCAUUUGAGCAACUUCUCUUUAGCAUCUUGUCAUUUGGUGCCACUCAGACCUCUUAGUGCCACUGUAAAGUUUGUCAUAAAAUGCAGUAAGAACAGUGCUUUUUGUGGCACAAUCAUCUAAAUAAAAUGUUACUCUUCAGAUGAUAUUCUGUCUUUAAAAUAAACUCAGAUGCAUGUUAGAUUAUAAAGAUGUUUAACAAGUAAUAUACACUAGUAACAUCUCUGAUUAAGCUUUAACUGAAAUUGAUCAAAAAAAGUACUCCACUAACGGCCAUUGCAUAAAUUCAACUCGUACAAAAGCAUGCUCCAACUACACUGGUCAUCUUUUCUCAGUAAAGCAGUCUACGCUGUUUCAAGCCAUGCAACUAAAUAAACAAAAACAACAGUUAAUAACUGUAUUUUCCCUAAUGAAGUUGUGCAGGAAAGUUGUUGAAGGACUUUGAAGACAAUGUAUUGUAUGCCAUUGUGGAUUAUGCUGGUCUGCAUUGCUUUCUAAAUGUCUGUGAUAUGUACAACGAUGUAAGUCAAAAUUGUUGAACUGUUGUAUACAGUUACUAUUUUAUCAAUAAAAAGCAAGAACAUG